CUCCUGCCAGCACCAUUCGAACAAAAGAGACACAGAAAAGAAUCAACGAGGACAAGCGCUUGAGCGGUCUGUCAUUCUUGAUUGAUGCCGCUGUACGGAUGAGGUCUCGCGGUUCAAGGUCCAGUGCGCCGAGGAUUCACCUACACCAAUGCAGCAUGCCGACUUUUAGGAUUUUGGAGCCCUUGAGAGAAGCCCUGCCUGCAAAGAGCAUUUUACAGCCACCCAUACUCCAUGAUCUUUACAAAGACCAAGCAUUCUGUAUUUUCCGUGUGCGAUCCUCCACGUCAGUCAUUCGUUUAUUCCAAGCCGGAGCCUACCCUGGACAGCGCAAAAUCUUGAUCAUCACUAUGAAGUCUCGGCACAAAGUCAGAAGCCAGCUUAGGAUGGUGCUUCCUGUAGUGUUUCAGUCGAGCGUCCGUGCGUUUGAAGACUCUGUCACAGCCGGGCGAGACACAAAAGAUCGCGACAGGCCCCCUGUGCCGGCUCUUUUGAUGUCUAGCGUGAUUGCCUCGACGGUACUUUCCGCGAAACUCAGCACUGCAAUCUGGCUCCCGACAGUGUAUGAUACUCGGCACUGAGCGGCGAGAACUCGUGGAGGUCGCAAUGGAAUGCCCGCCGGGGGACGAUAGAAAGAGAAGGU